AUGGACGAGAUCCUCAGUCGUGGACAUGCAGAGUUGGCACCACCCAUAAAGGAAGACGAGGAAGUUUGGUAUCUGCCCAUCUUCGGGGUAUAUCACCCUCAAAAGAAGGACCAGAUCAGAGCUGUGUUUGACUCCUCAGCUGAGAUAGAUGGCAUUUCGUUAAACAAGGUCCACGUGUUUGGCAACACAACGUCUCCAGCGGUGGCCACUUACGGGCUGCAAAAAACUGCUAGCGAGUCGGAGACAACUUACGGAUUGGACGUCAGGGAAUUCGUGGAGAGAAACUUUUAUGUGGACGAUGCGCUGACGUCACUUGCUACUCCUGUGGAAGUCAUCUCUCUCCUACAGAGGACUCAGGACGCACUUCGCAUCGGCGUCACACAGGAGGAGAAACCGUACACGCGGAGAGGCGUCUUGUCACGUGUCAACAGUCUCUACGAUCCUUUGGGAUUCAUUGCACCUACCACAAUACAAGGACGGCUUCUUCUCAGGAAGGUUGUAUCGGCCACCGAUGAUUGGGACGAUCCACUGCCUCCCGACUUGCGAGAUGAAUGGGAGCAGUGGGUGGAGUCUUUGCAAGAGUUGAACAAUCUUACCGUGCCUCGUUCUUACGGUCCGAUUUCGAUCUACAAUGCGUCCUCAAAGGAUGUCCAUAUUUUCUCGGAUGCUUCGGAGAAGGCAAUAGGAGCCGUCGCCUACAUCAGAACCUUGGAUGAACAAGGAAACGCGCAUCUAGGAUUUGUACUUGGCAAAUCGAAACUUGCCCCUAGCCAUGGACAUACAAUUCCAAGAUUAGAGCUCUGUGGCGCUGUUCUCGCCGUUGAAAUUGCAAAGUCUAUAGCAGAGCACCUAGAUAUGCCGUUGUCAAACUUCCACUUCUACUCGGACAGCCGUGUCGUGUUAGGUUAUAUUUCUAACGAAAACAGGAGAUUUUAUACCUACGUGGCUAACCGUGUCGAGAGAAUACGUCAAGUGACUGACCCACCACAGUGGUUCUUCGUAUCGACAGAGCACAAUCCUGCCACAAGAACAUUGGCACCUUCCGAGUUGUCGAGCAGCAUGUGGCUGUCAGGCCCGUCCUUCUGGUUACGAGAUAAGGAUACUAAGGAGUCGCAAGAGACUCUGUAUAAUCUGGAGAAUCCUGACCUUGACAAAGAAGUGCGACCGGAGGUUAAGACUUACAAAACAGAGAUCAAAACAUUCGAUUGGACACAUCGCUUCGAAAAGUUUUCGACAUGGAACAAUCUCGUUGUCGCUAUUGCACGUUUGCAAAAAUUUGCGAAGUCUAUUUCCAAAACUGCGUUCGCUGGAUCGAGUGCUUCGUCACCGUUAAGUGUACAGGACAAGGAACGAGCGCAAAUGUUCAUUCUUCAACAUGUUCAACGUGACGCAUAUCACAAAGACAUGCAGUGCCUUAAGGAACGCAAAUCUUUACCUAAGGAUAGUUCGGUGUCGUCUCUAGAUCCAACCUUGAGCACGGAAUGUUGA